CCUUCCAGAAGCAUCCAGGAGACAGCUCGAGCUUGCAGCGGUCAAGUUGGAAAUUCUUGAAUGGCACACGCGGGUUCAAGCGAGCGCUUUAGCAUGCAGUGCCUUCGUAUUUUCAUGGUACAAGCUUUUUAUCCGCGGCUUCAGACUCUUGGUCCGGUUUGGGAGGUUUGUUGGGUUUGUGCUCGGAUGGAAUGACUCCGCCUCAUGGGUGAGGGUCGAGAAUCCGAACACGAAUGUCCUUGGCAGGGUCAACUCGUGUCGCUGUCUAUGUCCUAUGGGAAAUGAGCUCAAGGGAAAACCAUUCCAUUUACGACCAUAUGUGUCGUACCUGUUGACUAUCAUCAUCAUAAACGAUAGCAUCUACAACCGAUAUCGAGACCUAUCGCUUUCUUCAAUGUCCUCUGCUCAUAUUGCAUCCUCAUCUCCAGACACCAUCUUACUGGCAUAUUCCCACAUGCACAACUACCUUUCAAUCAUUCUUCCUGGUGCUAUAAUCCGCUUUAAGUCGAUGUUGUUCCGAACAUUCUUCAUCUGCGCCGCAGAGAUUUCUGUGCUGUCCCUUAUACUAUAUCUCAGCGGCCUCUGCACUCAUCGUUCAACGACGCAGUCCAGCAUCUCCGGGUCGAGUGCACUUUUCAGAAGCGAAAACAAUCCAUCAUUGCCUUCAACGGAACUGAUAACUACGUCGAGUCAGAACUCUGUAUCAUGCACCCUACGCACAGUAGUCCUACUUGGAAAGGACUCGGAGCCAGGUAUUCCGUUUGAAGAGGCGAAGUUGGCCCCGAAAUUUUCCUCCGACGGCCUUCCGAGGUAUACUAUGCAUGCCAGCUCAUAUGAACCGACAGAAGACAAGCAAUUUAUUCCUACUGGUACUACCUGCAUGUGCCUCGAACAACAUCUAUGAUCCAUUCUCUCUGUACUCUUUGUGUCCGCAUUCUGAGGCACCAUCAGUCAUAUGGCAAUGAGAGUAUUCGUCUAUAUUUGCUUCGGUUUUGGGAGUGUACUGUCCUAUCAUGUGUUCUAUUGUUCUGGGUUUUUUCGCAAGUAAUUCUGGAGUUAUGUAGGAUACGGUUGGAUAUCAGUUGGAUCUAUUACCACUUCAGCAGUGUCAAUGAUCAUCUUCGUAGGCUAUCUAAAUUAUCAUCCAGGUUAUUUGAGGCUAUUUGUUUAUUCUUCAACGAACUGUCCAUUGUUACUCUACCCUAGAACGGAACAAUGUAGAUUGAUACGAUUCCAAUUGAUUCGCAUUGAACAGUUGAGGAUUUCUCUGGCCAGGCUUGGAAGGAGAGAGCGAAAAAAUCUCGUGUCAAUUUUGAACUCUUGAGACUAUGUAAACAAUCGGGAAGGCGGCUCCGA